GGCGCUACAGUCGACCACGUGUGCUGUCAUCUGUUCUUGGUUGAGUGCAUUCAUUUUUAUUGAGUGGUCAUAUAUACUGUCCGAAAUGAUCGACGACGUUGUCGAAGGCCAGUUCGACGAUGCGGACGAUGUGACUGAAAUCGGUGAUCGCGUAUCGCGUACGCACCUCGGCGCGGACACGCUUGCCGCUGGCGAUCACUACAGCAGCGAGGACGACUUCGUGAGUUCAGGUAGUGACGAUGAACUUUACGAAUGGGGCCUCACGCAGAAGGGCAUUAUAAUGGCUCCAAAGGCCAGUGCCGCACACCCUAAUGCACAAUCCGGUUCGAAAAACAUAAUGAAAUUUCAGUCCAGCUCCAAAGUGUUGUCAGGGAAGUUUUCGGGAAAGAUCAACCUGAAUCACUACGAAGGCCCACCUGUGUCAAAUUCCGCCGUCAACGUCCUAAACGAAGCCGGCCGCAAAUACGACUCCGACAGGGUCCGCGUUCGGGACAAAGUCGAGAGGGCGACAGUUGAGCAGGUGCUGGAUCGCAAUACCCGCAUCGUGCUCUUCAAAAUGCUGAAUAGGGGUGUCUUCAAAGAGAUCAACGGCUGCAUCAGCACCGGAAAAGAAGCGAACGUGUAUCACGCGACGACCGAGGAAGGCCUGCACCGCGCCAUCAAAGUCUACAAGACCUCUAUACUGGUGUUCAAAGACCGUGACAGAUACGUGAGCGGCGAAUUUCGCUUCCGCAACGGCUACUGCAGCAGUAACCCCAGGAAGAUGGUCCGCACGUGGGCCGAGAAAGAGAUGAGAAACCUCUCCCGCAUCCACAGCGCGGGUGUCACGUGUCCGAAACCAGUAACCCUUCGAAGUCACGUCCUCGUCAUGGAGUUCGUCGGAAAGGACGGCUGGCCCUCGCCCAAAUUGAAAGACGUCGAGUUGAGCGAGUCGAAGGCGCGCGAACUCUACCUCGACUGCAUCCUGAUGAUGAGGAGACUCUACCACGACUGCCGCCUCGUGCACGCCGACCUCAGCGAGUACAACCUGCUUUACCACGAGGGCAAAGUGGUCACCAUAGACGUGUCUCAGUCCGUCGAGCACGACCACCCCAACGCGCUGGAGUUCCUCCGGAAGGAUUGUACCAACAUAACGGACUUCUUUGCGAAGUGUGGGGUGAAGACCAUGACGAUGCGGCAGCUUUUCGACUUUGUCACGGAUCCGAACAUAAACGACGGCAACAUCGACGCGUACCUCGAACGUGCCCAGGAACUGGUGGACCAGCAGGAAGACGAAAUGCGCCACAACGUCGACGAAGAGGUCUUCAAGAAGUCCUACAUUCCGCAGAGGUUGGAUCAGGUGCUGGACUUUGAGAAGGACAUUGUCGAAGUGCAGGAACGGAACAAGGAAAUCUUGUACCACACCAUCACGGGGAUGAAGGCUGACCUCUCCGGGCCAGCUCAGAAGCCAGCUCUGCUGGGUGAAGUCAGCUCCGAGAGCGACGGCUCCGGAGAAAGCGAGGACGACGACGAUGACGUCGAAAAGGAAGGGUCCAAGUUUAGGAACAUGGCUCGACCGAGGGAGGAGACCCUCGAGGAAAAGAAAGAGAGGAAGAAGGCAGUGAAAGAAGCAAAGAAGGAGAAGCGACAGAGCAAGAUUCCAAAGCAUGUAAAGAAGAAGAAAGAGAAACAGGGCAAAAUGCGGAAGAAAUGAAGGGAAAAUUGCUUCAUACAGAAAAUAAUAUCACAAACUCUAUGA